UCAUUCAGGAGACUGGAGUGCCAGCCUGCCCACUUGUGAAGCUUCUGAACAGGUCAGCUAUGUCUCUGUGGGCAGAGCAGCCACAAGUGCUUUCCUAUUGUCCACGGCACCAUUCCUCCUUUGGCUUGCAAGAUGUUUCCAAGGAAAAGGAAAGAAAUUCAGUCCUUCCAGUAGCUGCUAGAGCCUAACAUUUUCCAAAGUGCUGGCCAGAAUGUCUAACUCCAGGUGUUACAUGAACUAA